CUUCAAACGAGUUCGAAUGUCAAAAUUAGUCAUCAAUCAUCGAAAGAAAUGCAAACCGUCAUCAACCAAAACAAAGAAAUUUGGCUGUUAGAAAUCCGGCUCCUGAUUUUAUUAUACUAAAACGAUGCCCUACUUACGAUGAGCGCGGACUACUUGAACAACACCCAGAACUUGGUCCACCCGGACUGGGAGGUGGUCGAUCCGACGCCGGACAUUCACGUCCUGUUUCCGAUCUUCGACCGGAAGUUCUUCCAGGGGAAGCUUUCGUGCGUGGAGCUGGAAUGGAGCAAGAAGAUGUACAGCUGCGCGGGAAUUUGCUACCAGAGGUCCAAUCGGCUCGGGAGGAGUUGCAUAAUCCGGUUGAGCGAACCGCUUUUGAAAUUGAGGGCACGGAAGGAUUUGGUGGAAACGUUGCUGCACGAAAUGAUCCACGCUUAUUGCUUUGUGUUGGGGAUUCGCGAGGGAAACGGUGGCCAUGGACCGAACUUUAAGAAGAUUAUGCACGGAAUCAAUCGGAUCGCUGGGACGAAUAUUACGGUGUACCAUACCUUCCACGACGAGGUCAAUCUAUACAAGACCCACUGGUGGAAGUGCAACGGACCGUGUCGAAAUAGGGCACCCUUCUACGGAACGGUUAAGCGUACGGCCAAUCGCAAACCCGGGCCGUCGGAUUUCUGGUUUGCCGAGCAUCAGCGAACCUGCGGAGGGGAGUUCAUUAAAAUUAAGGAACCGGAACCGAAACGGAAGAAAGCGGCGGCAAAUAAGGAAAAUGAGCCACGUUCCUUGAGUCAAUCGUCAUCGCAGACGGGGAAGAAGGGUUCCAAGAGUCCCGUGAAAGCCCCGCAAGGGAAUCGUAUUUCGAAUUACUUCAUGACCCCUGGGGGAAAGGGAAACAAUCCUCAGAACGGUUUUAAGAAACCUUAUACGGUGACGGCUCCCAACAUGGGAGGAAGAACAGUGGUCAUUCGAAAGCCGCCUACUUCCGAGAGUACCAGGAAACCUUCAACGGAACCAGUCGAAGCUCCAGUGCCGGUAAGGAAAGCCAAUCCAGUCGUACCACCUGGAGGCAACCUUAAGAACGUCAAACAGUUCAAAGAUCUUAACGAAGAUGGAUCGCCCAGUCCAGUGAGGAAACUUUCGCCGCCACUCUUCGCCGGAAGCGGACAAACUUUAGGAGGAGCCCCAAGUGGCCCCAGCAGAGCCGGUCAACCGGGCAGCAGUCGAAACAGCCGCCUGUUGGACCAAUUCCCGCCUCAGGAGAAGAAACCUAAGAUCUCAACGGCCGCUGAACCUUCGCCAGUAGUUGAUCUUUCGGAUGACACCGACGAUCACAUCUUCGAGGAGAUCGAUGUCGAUCGGAUCAAGAAGGAACGCCAGGAUAUGAUUAAGCAGGAAAUCAUGGAAUCGUUUGCCGAUGACGACAUGGAGGAAAUCGUGCUCAUCGACGACGAGUACGAUGACGAAGCGGUCGAUUUGGGCACCUUGGACGAUUCCCUGACCGAUACUUCGGUCAUUGACGAGCUUUUCAGCGAGCAGGAUGCCCUCAUUGAAGAAUUCAAUUCGAACAACUCCACGCACAAGCCGGCCAGCGAAGAGGACGAAAUCGUGUCCUGUCCGAUGUGCCUCAAGAAGAUUAAGCGAUCGCAAGUGGCCUCGCAUCUGGAACGGUGCUACUCGAUCAUGCUCGGUGAGGAGGACGUUAAGGAAAUUAAGAAAGAAGAAGACAAAGUCAAAUUCGAUCCUAAUCAGCCGUCCACUUCCAAAGCUGGAACGAGCAAACCAAAGCCAAAAGUCGUCGAGAAGAAACCUCCCAGCCAGAGGGAACUCGAGCGGGAAGAGAACCGGAAGUUGCUGCUCGAGUGUGGCUACAGUGAGGAGGCCAUUGCCAAGGCGCUGCUGGAUGAUGACGAGGGCCCGGGGGAAAGAGUGAGGGCGACUGAGUCCAGUGAUUCGGCGCUUCUGCUGGAUGGAGAUGAGAUUGAUCUGACUGCCGUUGGGGAGGAGUGUGAGUGUCCUGUUUGUGGUAGGAAGGUUCCAUUCGAAAGCAUCAAUCCGCAUCUGGACGGUUGUUUGGGGGCGUGACGAUUUGGGCUGUUUUCGUUGGUUAUUUACAUUUUUUGAUGAUCUUAUUUUUCGUACUGUUAAUAUAAUUAAAAAUUAUACUGUU